AUGCCGAGUACAUUCGCGACCCAGAUCGAAAGUCCAUCAGGGCAGGGGAGGAAUGGCUGGAAGGAGGCUUAUUCCGAUAAAGUGGCCUGUCAGGCCUCCUCCAUCAGGCCAACAGAUCUGUACUUUUUCGUCGAAGCCAGUGUAGGCAUAGAAGAAUGUCAUCAUCAGUAUCAUCAGCAUCGUAGAAUUCAACCUAUCGAAUGCGACGAUGUUGUCAAUUCGCAUUCACAUGACCCUUAUGCUAGGGGUAUAUACUUCUGUUAA